UCCAGCAGGCAGGGCUGUUACCAAGCGGGAUGCGGGAGACGCUUUUCUUUAUUGGCCAGAGCACGGAGAGGGGCGGGGAUUUGUCCACAGUCACACAGCCAGGCGCGGCAGAGCCGGGAGGGUCCUCGCCCACACUCCGCAUUCGGGGGCCCUGGGAUCGGGCAGGGGGCCGCUGGGGGCUCCUCAAGAUGCUGCCACAGGAGGGGAGGCGGUUCCCGGGGAAGUGAAACCCACAGACCCCACUUUCACCUUCUCCAGGGACAGCCGUCACCACGUUCUGUGCCCUCCCUACGGUGGGCCAGCUCUGCCCCUCUGCCCAUCUCACAGGGCUCCUCACUGCCCCUACCCCAGCCUGGCAUCUGAGGCUGUCAGCCCUGGUGCUAUUGACUUUCAGAUCCCACCUCCUGGUCUCCGUCCGGGCUGUCCCCUCCGCCCGGGAUGCUGUUCCCGGCUACAUCCUGUCCUCUGAGGGCGGGCAGGGGAGGGGGCGGCCGCAGUUGGUGGGGAAGUGUUGCCGAAAUGCCCCCGCCCCACCCCGGGCUGCGGUCUGACAGUUGGCCGGACGUUUUCCUGUCAGCUGCCGGCGCUAGGUCAGACCCCUCCUGCGAGGCCAGGGGCUGUGGCCAUUGGGAGUUCGUCCCCCAGGACCCCUCCUCCCCCAGAGGGCACGCCAGUCUUGAAGCAACAUGAGCAGCCCGGAGACUCCCACAGAGCCCCCCGAGCCCGACGACCCCACCUGGUCGACUCAGCCCACAUAUAGCAACCUCGGUGAGAUCCGUGCCCACCUGCUGCCCUCCAAGGCCUGCCGCCCCCGGACCCCUGGGUCCUGCUCCACCGACCCACAGCCCCUGCCCCCACCCCUGCCCAAGAAAAUCCUAACCCGGACCCAGUCACUGCCCAACCGCAGGACCUCCCAUGCCAGCUCUAUCCAAGUACAGCUGCCUCGGAGGCCCUUUCUGGGGUCCCACAGUGUGGACAAGAGCCAGGCUGAGGUGGGACCAGCUUGUGCCCCUGCAGAGCUGACCUUUGGCCUGACUGAUGCCCCGCUGGGCCUCUCUCUCCGCAAUCUGCACAGUCCAGAGGCUGUGCACGCUGCAUUGGCUGCCCGGCAGCUGCAGGGCCUCCAUGCCAUCUAUGCCCGGCUCCGUGCCCGGUUCAUGGGGGGCCACCCCGGGCCCUGCCGCCCUGGCCACGGCUUCCGCCUCCUGGACAGCUCGCCCUGCGCAGAGAGCGGGGAUGCCCUGUACUACCGCGUGGUACGCGUGCAUGACGACGCCUGGCACAUCCUGGUCGCCAAGGUACCCAAGCCCGGGGCGGACGUGCCCCACCCGUGGGGCCUGGAGCUGCAGGCCUCCCUGUCUCCACACUUCAAUCUACAGGGGUUGUGUGGCGUGGUGCCUGAAGGCACACUGCCCGGGGCGCCCUGGAGAGGCGCGGUGGCGCUGGCAGCGGAGGUGCCGGAGCGCACGGUGGCGCAGUGGCUGGUGGAGGCCUGCACGCAGCCGCCGGAGGAGUUCGUGUGGGCCGUGGCCCUGGUGCUGCUGCAGCUGAGCGCGGCCCUGGAGUUCCUGGAGGCGUGGGGCGCGGCCCUGGUCGAGUUGCGGCCAGAGAACUUGUUGCUGGCGGCACCUCGGGGCUGUGCGGCGACUGGGCACGCGCGCCUACUCCUCGCUGACUUUGGCCGCGUCUGUCUGCAGCCCCCCGGACCCCCGGGCUCCCCGGGCCCCCACGCGCCGCAGCUGGGCAGCCUCCUCCGCGAGAUGCUCGGCCUUGCUACGCCCUCGACCACGCCUUUGACCGCGGGCCUGGAGCGCCUGGCAGCACAGUUGACCCGCUUGCAGCCCUCGGCGUCCCGGACGCGGGGCGCGCUGCAGGCGCUGCUCUGGGGGCCGGGGCCUGAGGUGCGCGGCCGCGGAGCGCCGGUCGGUCCCUGGCUCAGGGCGCUCGGGCCCUGGCUGCGGUUGCGCCGUGGGCUGCUGGUCCUGCGCCUGGCAGAGCGGGCCGCAGGUGGGGAAGCGCCCAGCCUCGAGGACUGGCUGUGUUGCGAAUACCUGGCCGAGGCCACCGAGUCCUCUAUGGGCCAGGCCCUGGCGCUGCUGUGGGACUGAACCCAACCCAGGGCGAACACACCUGGUCCAGGCCUGCCCAGGAGGCAGGGCUGGGGCUGAGGUCAGCGUCUCUAUGAUCGCCAAGACGACCUCCUCCUGCAGCAGAAAGAGCAGCGCCCCCCUCCAGAGUCUCCCCUCUCGUGCUGGCGAUGUGGGUCAAGGGCUUCCCAGGAGUGCAGCUACCCCUGCAGGGCUGGGGGCUGGCCAGCGCCUCCUGUGUGGGCAGCAGCUGCCUGAAGCCAGGGCCCCCAGGCCACUUCCAGGUGUGGACACCCCCGCUGAUGAGUGUCUCUCUGUAUUCCACCUUCCCCGGCAGCCAGGGCGCUUUUCCGCGGUGGGUCCUGUCAUUGUCUCCCUGAGAGGCCAAUGCCGGGACCAGAGCAUUCCUAGCCCUGGAGCACCCCCUUGUGCUGAAGACGGCCAGCGAUUUUGGGCAUGUCCCUCGUGGAGAAUUGCUUGGUGGUGACACAGGAAGGGAAGGCUCCCUGGGACCCUAGACACCCAGCUCAUCUCAGAGGCGUCUGGACUCACCAUCCCUAAAACAGUCCCCGCAGUUCCCUGCCACCUCCCCACAAUCCCUCUGCACCCACCCUGCCUCCCUUCCUGUUCCUCCAUGACACACUAACUUGUUUCCCACCCCCAAGCAUCUGUGCAGGCUGUUCCCUCUGCCAUACUGUUCCAGUUCCACUUGAUCUAAACAAAUAAAGGUGCCCCCUCUGGGCCCUCGCUAGCUCCUUACCCUUCGUUCUCCGCCCACUCCCAGGAGCGUUUAUUCCUCUGUUACUGUCCCCAAGGCUGUGAGUUCCCUGGGGGCAAAGGCCAGGCUUGGCACACGGUAGGGGCUCACUUAAUACUGCAGGAUGAUGGAAUAAACAGGCACAGAGGAGACUCACUGGAGGGGAGUGCAGUCUUUAUGCCUCUGACACACCGCACUGCACUUGCCUGUGGCCUGCUUCCUGGAGACUCACAGUUGCCCUUCCAUUCCAUUCCCCAUGGCAGUCCUGGGAGGAUCUUUCCAACCCCAGAUAUGAGGUCCCUCUCCAGCUCAAACACCUCCCAUGGCUCCCCAGUGCCUCAGAAUACAUACAGGUCUCUUCCAAAGUCUCCUCAGUCUCCAACCCCAUGUCAUUUAUCCCUGGAGGUACUUUCCGGCCUCUACGCCUUUGCCCAAGUUGGUUUUUACGCCGGAAACAGCCCCCUCUACUCUGGUUCAGACUCCUAUUCAUCCUGCAACACCUCAGCUUUAACACCCCUUCUCUGCAUUUGCACUGCCCAAAUGAGCUGGGAGUGUCUGUGUUCACAUCUAUCCUCCCAGCCGACCCCACCAUGUUCAAACGGCUGAAUAUCCCCCUGCCCCCGCUCGCCAAGGCUACAAUCUCUUCGAGCGCCUUUCCUCCUCUUUCCAACCGGUUUCCCGGCCAGGCCUGGCCCUGACUUUCCGGGUGAUGCUCCCGGAUGCGGCCGGGAGGUGGCGCAGCGCCGCGCAAACGGCGGUGGUCGCAGACGCGGAAGCGCUCCAGGCCUUGACGCCGCCGGAAGUGCUCCUGCCCUGAACGGCGCUGCAGGUCCAAGGGGGCGGCCAGUAACACGGUGACCCAAAGGAGUCAGGAACAGACAUCCCCAUGCGCAGGCCCAGGCUGGGGCGGAAGGGGACGCGAUGCAGGAAGGGCCUCCCAGCGAACAGUAGCAAGGCUGACGCCAAGCUGAGGGCCCAGGCCUCCCAGCCGAGGGGGUCUCCUCCGUGGGAGGCGUCCUGCAGCUGCCCUGGUGACAAGUCCCCUGCGACCCCUCUACCCAGGGCCCUCUGUGGUCCCAGGCACUCCUCCCACCAGCCCCCGGCGUCACCACCACGGAGCCAUGUGCAUGGGGUGUAAUCACUUUAUUGGUUUUCGGAGAGCAAUAGAGGGGAUUAAUACCUAAUCUUUCCAAGUUAAAAGACUAAGACUGUUUCCAAAAGACUCCAAAUAAGAAACUUCUCCUCAAAGUACAAGGAUAAUCUGAAUCAUCUUAAACCAGCAAUAAAAAAGUAAAAUA